AUGGAGGGUAUACCUGCGUGAGGAAAAUACUGCGAGAAAGCUGCGGAUCCUUUUUUCCCCCCCAAAUGUGUGAUCGAAUUUUCCAUUCGCACCUUGGUAUUUAACGCUGGAUAUAUAUUUUUUUCUUUUUUGUCAUUAAUUUAGGGGACCAUAUCUCAAAAUGAGACUAACUUUAAUCCUUUUCAUCUGCUUAGUAACAGGCUUCACGACAGCGGUCAACGUCAUUUGUCCAGUGAAGCGUUAUGUGGUCAUCCUUUUUCAGCCUGUCACUCUUAGGUGUGAUUACACAACCACUGCCACAGUUGCCCCUCUGAUCACCUGGAAGUACAAAUCGUUCUGCCGAGACCCAAUCCAGGCUGCCUUGAAUCCAAGCAGUAUUGAGAACACCUUGGUGCAGGCCAACCCCAACUACAACCCCAACAUCGAGUGUGCGGACAAUACGAGGACCAUAAGCAUUGUGGCCUCGAAACAGACCUCUGUCACGCUGGGAAACAACUACCAGGGCCGCAAGAUCAGCAUAAUCAACAAUGCCGACCUCAACAUCGCCCAGACGGCAUGGGGUGACAGCGGCGUAUAUGUCUGUAGUGUUGCUUCCUCACAGGACCUCUCAGGAAAUGGCGAGGACUACACCGAGCUCAUUGUAUUGGAGAGAAAGUCAAAUACUACAGACCUUCUGCCUGGCAUUGACUUACUGAUCAUGGAAGACUGGUUGCUUGUAGUGCUGGUGGUGCUUGGUUUCCUGCUGCUGUUACUCUUUAUUGGGAUCUGUUGGUGUCAAUGUUGUCCUCACACAUGCUGUUGCUACAUCAGCUGCCCCUGCUGCCCAGAGCGCUGUUGCUGCCCGCGAGCACUGUAUGAGGCUGGUAAGGCAGUGAAAGCAGGCCUCGCCAGUCAGUAUGCCCCAACCAUCUACGCCUCCAGCACAUAUGGGCAGCCAGUCUACGCCCUGGGGAUGCAGACACCAACACCCCCCAUUCCGCUGUUGCCCAUCACACAGAGCGGUGCUGGCCACGCCCCCAAUGGCUUCAGCAGGGAUAUGGAUGCCCUCAGCUCGGUUGGCCAUGGAUCUCAGGUACCUUUGCUGCUUGACCAUGAAGGUGCACCAACCCAAACUCGAAGUGGAUACCGUAUCCAGGCCAACCAGGACGGGAAUCCCACGCGUGUACUGUACUACAUGGAAAGAGAGCUGGGGAACCUCGAUCCCAGCCGCCCGGGAGACUCAGCAGGCAAAUACACCCGCCUGGAAAGCGUGAGCGAGAUCAGCUCACUGCACGAUCCCGCGGAUGUACGCAACCGUGUCCGUGCCAGACCUCCACAGCUGAACACUGUGUAUGACGACGAGAACAUGAGCACCAUCAGCAGUGUAUCUCAGCACAGAUACAGAGACGAUCCCAGGAGAGGGGGCGGGCCUGGGGGCUACCGCAGCCGCACUCGUUCCAUGGAGGACCUUGAAGACGUCGGGCGGCGUUACAGAGAUGAUGAAUGCUCUGCUAGAGACCGAGGACCCAGGAGAGGCUCUGAGAGUGAAUGGAGCAAUGGCACACGUGAGUACGGCCGCGACUUUGAUGACCGACGGCGGCGCGACUACUCCCCAGAUGACCGUGGCCGUGUCGGGCCCAGCGAUCCCCGCGGGCCCGGCUUGCAAGGCCGGCGCACCCGUAGCCGUGAGGACCUGAUAGAGCUGAAUCGUGAGCGGGACCGCGAGCGGAGUCGCGCAGGCAGUCGUGGCGCGUAUGAUGACACUCUGCUGCUGGAGGCCAUGGAGAGGAAGAGGCUGGGCGAACAGCAGCGAGCACGGAGCCAAGAACGACUGGACACCACCGCCGACAACUCGGAGCGGCUCCGGGGUGCACACGGGGGAGUGCCCAUGCUGCCCCUCACCCGGCCUGUAGGAAACCCCGAUCGCUUGCCAGCCUCCCCCCUACCCUAUGCAGACGAUACAGGCAGCUUACCCUCGUCCAAGAAGACCAACCUUCGCAAGAAUGGAGCAGUGAGUCGUGAGAGUUUGGUGGUGUGACGCAUCAGUGAGCUCUUCUAGAAUGUUACACGUGACAUUUGAGCUUUUGUAAGUUUGUAAUAUUUUUUUUGUCAGUUAUGAGCUGUAUAUCAUAGGGUAGGCGGGUAUGUUGACAUGCAAUUGUGUCUGCGAAGCACAAUGUCCUGAUUUAUUGAAUUUUUACUGUUGAAAUAAUUUCUUAAAUUUUUAUGUAAAUGUUCAAAGAAUAAAACUUCCUCCUUUUUAUUUAAAAAAAGACCUCAGACAUGCAUACCUUGAAAGACUGUUCCAAUGAUUGGUGAAGAUUUUUCAUUGUUUUGUUUUUUUUUGUUUACCAUAAUUUAACAUCAAUAUUUACAUCUCAUAAUAAAAACAUGUACACACAACAAAUUUUCACAUGUUUCCAGCCUGCUGGAUUCUUUCAUGCUGUAUUUGUUUUUAAAAUCUAGGGAUGGCAACAGUGAUACCAGUGUAUUGCUAUAUUUAAAGAUGGUCUUACAAAAAGGUGCUGUCUGUUAAUUUUAGAAAUGUACUAAUAUUGUUUGUACCUUCUGUGUAUUUUGUGGGUUAUCAUUGAAAUAGCCAAAAUUAUGUAAAUUACUUUAAUACAUUUUCAUACAUGUAUUUUAAAUAAUUUGCGAUGCUUUUAUAUUUGUAUAUUUUUUUUAUAACAAUCAUGUCAUAACUACUUUAAUGGAUGACAAAUCACAUUACAAUAAAUAUGUUCUAUG